AUGGCCUCUGAUACUGUCAAGAAAGUCCAUGAGAAGCUCUUUGGUAAAUCUUCCUCCACCAGUCAGCCCAUCGAUGGUCUCCCGACUCAAGAGCGCGUCGAGUCUCCUCUUAAGAUUGAUAUUCCUAAACCUCCUACCGCUCCCUCUCUUCCGAAGGCCCAAAAGUCGGAACAAACCCCACCAGCUGCGGCUGCACCAGCCCAGGAUACACCACUAUGGCGUGCUCGACUCUCUUCCAAGCUAGGUCCCGACUACAAAGGCGCGGAAAGGUAUCGCCUACAACAGGACGACAAGCGAGAACGCCACUGGAAGCGAUGGGGACCGUACCUCAGCGAUCGUCAAUGGGCGACGGUACGCGAAGAUUAUUCUGAAAAUGGUGAUGCUUGGAGUCAUUUCCCCCAUCAGCACGCUCGUUCCCGCGCAUAUAGAUGGGGAGAGGACGGCCUCAUGGGCAUCUCAGACAAUCAUCAGCGUCUUUGCUUCUCUGUCAGCCUCUGGAAUGGUGAAGAUCCCAUUCUCAAGGAACGUCUAUUCGGUGUCACCGGUCAUCAAGGCAACCAUGGAGAGGACGUCAAAGAGCUUUAUUACUAUCUAGACUCUACUCCAACUCACUCGUACAUGAAGGGUUUAUACAAGUAUCCUCAGCGUCGUUAUCCGUAUGAGCAGCUCGUUUCGGAGAAUCAGAAUCGUGGUCGUGACGUUAGCGAAUACGAGAUUCUUGACACCGAUGCCUUCGACGACGACCGCUACUGGGAUGUUUUUGUCGAAUAUGCAAAGGAUGAAGACGAUCCAGAUAAUCUCUACAUUCGUGUCACCUGCUACAACAGAGGUCCAGACCCUGCGACGCUCCAUGUAAUCCCGCAGCUUUGGUUUCCAAAUAACUGGUCUUGGCCUUUGGAGAAGCCCGAAAUGCCUUCUUUGACUGCUCACAGCCGUCAUGGAGUCAACUACGUCUCAGUGAAGCAUCCCUCUCUUGGACGUACCCAUCUCUACUGUCUCCCUUCACCUCCUCCUGUUGGUCCUACUGGUAACUUUGAAGGUGACGGUGACGAAGCUGUCGAUCCUGAAUUUCUUUUCACGGAGAACAAUACCAACUUUAGUAGGCUGUACGGCGGCCAGAACGAUACACCCCAUGUUAAAGAUGCUUUUCAUGAUCACAUCAUUCCUUCCCAUCGCCCUCCUGCUAGUGAUUCUCAAGAGGACAUGUUCUCUCAAAAGAUCCGUUCUCGCACCUACUCUUCUUACGGCUCUGAACCUUCUGAUGGUCCAGAGGAAGGGCCAUGCACACCUUUUCCCAUUGGCCCUUCCUUCGUUAAUCCAGACAAAGUCGGCACCAAAUUUGGGGCCCACUAUGUGUUCCGUGAUGUUCCCGGCCAAGGUGGUUGCGCUGUUGUGCGGCUCAAACUGACGCCUUUAUCAAUCAAGAAAGAUCCCAGUAUUGAGGAUGAGGCAAUUUUCGACGACGCAAUUGAGGAGCGCAGACAGGAAGCAGACGAGUUUUAUGCUUCAUUAGUCCUUGGUCCGAUGAGCGAUGACUUUAAGCAGAUUAUGAGACAAGCACUCGGUGGCAUGCUUUGGACGAAACAGUUUUAUCAGUUCAUUCAACAAGAAUGGUUAUCUGGCGAUCCCGCUCAGCCACCACCAUCUCCAGAGCGCAAAUCUGUUAGGAACCAGGAAUGGCGCCACCUGCAUAUUGCUGACAUUCUUUCUAUGCCUGACAAAUGGGAAUAUCCCUUCUUUGCUGCUUGGGAUACCGCUUUCCAUUGCCUUCCGCUAGCGGUUGUUGAUCCUGCCUUCGCUAAGAAACAGCUUGAUUUACUCACGAGGGAAUGGUAUAUGAAACCGGAUGGUCAACUACCCGCUUAUGAGUGGAACUUUAGUGAUGUGAAUCCUCCUGUCCAUGCAUGGGCUACAUUCCGUGUCUUCAAGAUUGAGCGCAAGUUAUUUGGUAACGAGGAUGUCGCCUUCCUUGAACGCGUCUUUCAGAAGCUUCUUGUCAAUUUUACCUGGUGGGUAAACCGCAAGGAUCAAGGUGGAAGUAAUGUCUUCGAAGGAGGUUUUUUGGGUUUGGACAAUAUUGGUGUCUUCAACCGCUCGGAGCCACUGCCUACAGGAGGCACGCUUCGACAGGCCGACGGAACCGCGUGGAUGGCUUUCUACUGUUUGAAUAUGCUCAGUAUUGCACUCGAACUUGCAAAACAUAAUCAUGUCUACGAGGAUAUCGCGUCAAAAUUCUUCGAGCACUUUUUGUUCAUUGCGGACGCCAUGACAUACAAAGAGGGCGACAAUGAACUGAGUUUAUGGAAUGAGGAAGACGGAAUGUAUUACGAUGCCAUCGUCUUUGGACCUGGAAAUUCAAUGCAACUUCCUGUCCGAAGUCUGGUUGGGCUGAUCCCUUUGUAUGCAACUCUGGUACUGGAACCUACGGACUUAAGCCGGUUCCCUGGAUUCAAGAAACGGAUGGAAUGGUUCAUUGAGAACCGCCCUGAAGUGUCUUCGAGAAAUAUGGCAAACAUGAGGACAAGAGGCAAGGAACAACGCUCGUUGCUUGCUCUGGCUAGCAAGGAGAGAUUAAUCAAGAUUCUGGAGAAGAUGCUCGACGAGGACGAGUUCUUCAGUGAGCAUGGUAUUCGAUCACUUUCAAAAAUGCACAAAGACCACCCUUGGGGUAUGGACGUUCACGGCCAGCGGUAUGAAGUGGGCUAUUGGCCAGGUGACUCUCGUUCUGGUAUGUUUGGCGGAAAUUCGAACUGGAGAGGACCUAUCUGGCUUGCGACCAAUUUCUUACUGAUUGAAAGCCUCCAACGGUUCUAUCAAUAUUAUGGCGAUGAUUUCCAGGUUGAAUGCCCAACUGGGAGUGGAGACUACAUGAAUCUUGUUUCUGUUGCGGAGGAAAUUCAACAUCGCAUUAUUCACAUUUUUGGGCGCGAUAUGAAUGGACGUCGGGCUACGAACGGUGGAAACCCGAAGUUGGAUCAUGACCCUCACUUCCGUGACUAUGUAUGGUUCCACGAAUUCUUCCAUGCUGAUGACGGCCGCGGGCUUGGGGCAUCUCAUCAAACUGGAUGGUCUGGACUUGUUGCAUAUCACAUCUUGCAGAGUGGAAACACUUGUCGACUACCUAAGACUCCCAGAACCCCGCGAAGUACCGCUAGACAUUAUUUUGAUGAUUCUUUUUCUGAAUUCGGGGAUGAGGGCAAGUCGCCGUACAGCACUAUGAGUGGUUGGGAGCGCAAAAGUACUCUGGGUGACAUUUCUCCUGAUGCUUUGUAA